UUCUUCCUGUAGGUCAAACGUUACCUGCCACCUGAAACACAGUGGAGUAGACGAGAGUGGGAGUGGGUAAUAACACCCGUCACAACUAUGGCUGCUUCACAAAUACUGGAUGAUUCACCUUUUAGGUUUGGUCCAAAAGCCACCCGAACCGGUGACCUGGACCUGCAGGAGGUCUACAACGAGAGGCACAGACUAGCUCUGGAGGAGUUACUCUCUGGAGGUGUGGAAAACUUUUUAGACUUUCUCGGGAAAGAAAGGAUCCCCAACUUUUUGUCUGACGAAGAGAUCGGGCGGAUCAGGAACGCCGCCGUGCCCCCGAGGUGCGUAUCCCUUCACGGGGAGGACCUGGGUCUGGAGCAGUCGCUUCGCAGCUCCCUCGACUGCUCCUCCAUCACCUAUUUCCCCGAAGUAUCUGACGUGGAGCCGCCGCUGCUGGAGAUAGGCUGGCCCGCCUUUACCGCCGGCUCGUACCGGGGCGUUACGCGGGCCGUGGCUCACUUCCAGCCCAGCUAUGGGGAGUGCAUAUACAGCUGCAAGGAGGCAGCGAGGCGUAUGAUCAAAAGUGCCAGAGAGGUGAUUGCCAUAGUUACAGACUCCCUGACAGACCUGGAUAUUUUUAAGGAUCUCCAAGAGGCGUGCUCCCUCCGUAAAGUCCCUGUCUACAUCCUGCUAGACCAAUCAUGUGCUCCUGCUUUUCUCAAGAUGUGCAAAAAUGUCAACGUUCGCCUGGAUGACCUGCGGCUAAUGAGAGUGAGAACCAUAACUGGUACCAAUUAUUACAUGAGAUCAGGAGCCAGGAUUACUGGGGAAGUUCAUGAGAGGUUCAUGCUGAUUGAUGGAAACAGAGUGGCUACAGGUUCCUACAGGUUCAACUGGACUGAUGGAAAACUAAACAGCAGCAAUCUUGUUGAGCUUUCUGGUCAGAUAACGGAGAAAUUUGAUGAGGAGUUCCGCAUCCUUUACGCCCAAUCUCAACCUAUAAACACCAGAGGACCUCCAAGUGUCAGAAACAGUGGCAUCUUUGAGCAUCUCCUCAAACACUCAGUCACCUCCUCUCCUCGCCUGGUCAGUGACAAGCCAGUGUGUCUCACCAGCACCCCCACCCGCAAGCCCCAAACUUUGGCUGUCCAGCCUCCAUGUGAACUGUCAGCUCCAGAUCAGCGCAACACAGUGCUAGAAACCUUGCCCGCUGAUGAGGACUGGGUGGAGCAGCAGCACAUGCAGGAGGAGAUCUUGGCUGGCAGCGCUGCUCUGCACCUCCCUACUGAUCAGCCAGCAGAGAAAGAGUUGAUGACCCCCACAAUCUCCUGCCAUGCCUCCACUCAGACCAGCCACUCAGUGGCGGACAGUGACACCCAGACUGACCAUGAACACGCAAAUCACCCCGACUCUGUCAUCACACUGCCUAGCACAGCAUCAAACCAGGCAGUCUCUCCCAUCCCACACAGCCCAGCCACCAAAGCAGCUGCAGACGAAACCUUAAAGGACUGCUUCCAUAAGCUGUCCAAAGAGCGCCAGCACCACUACUCCACCAUCCGCUCCAAACUGGAGCACAUGGUGACCAGCUUGUCCCAGAGGAGAGAGCUAGCAGACCUCACCAACAUGACUCAGGGGGCUGGCACUCUGAGCGGGCAGAGGGUACACAAAGACUGUGGGCAGGAACCAAACCCCAGACUGCUUGUUGAAAGUGCAGGCAUGGGCACGUGGCCAAGAGCCAGAUGUGCACACUAGUUUGUCUUCAGGGAUUUUGGUGAUAGAGGGGGGUGGAAAGUGAGCUAUGGCACGGUUUCUAGUGGAUCCUCUGUUUCAAAUAAGUGGUUUUGGCUCAUGCGGUAGAAUUCCAAAAUUCCUCUGUUUGUCCUCUUUUUCUGCAGUGUCCGCUUGUCCUUUUCAUGCUGUGUCGUGUCCUUGCCUCUGCUGUUUUUUUGUUAUUGUUACACAAAAUUCUUAUGACAUUAACAUGUUUCUGAAUUAUUAUUUUAACCAAAGAAGUGGUGAAAUGGUCACAUUUGAUCAUGUUUGGUUCAUGAGAGUGAUUUCUGAGCUGCUCAGGACUGGAUAAUAUCUGCUGUAGUGUGAGUGAAAAUACACUAAGGUGCUGUGUUUUUUUUUUUUUUUUUCUAAAUCACAUUUGGCUGCUACAACUGCAUUUGAUCAACAUUCCAGAGAGAAACUGGCUCUCACUGUGCUUUGCUAAUAAACAAAGAAGCAUUUUGCUAGAUGAGUGCUUUCUUGUCUUUUCUAAUACAUCCUUCAUCCCUUGUGUUCCCUUCUUUGUCAUCAGAGUUG